GACUGGACGAAGCUUUGUAGUCGUAGGCGAGACGGUGCCAUCUGCCAUCUCCCAUGGUCGGUCGCCUUUCCUCGGUGGCUCGUCCCAACCGGCUGCUUUGAGCGGAACGAUCCGUUCUCCUACUCCAAGACUACAAUCCGGAAGAGAUAAGACAUUCUGUUUGGGGAUAUUGAAAUUGUUGCAAGCCAGAUUCGUUGUGGUUGUGCUUUUCUGUAGCUUGAGUAUCCAAAAAUCCAGCAUUGAAUUUCUGGCUCUGAACCUGAUUCUGCCUCGUCUGAAACAGAUCCACAAUGAAGAUAACCUGGGGUAAGAAUGCCAAAAUGAAGAGGCAGCCAGUGCUAGUGUCAACUAAACCAGGUCUACCAUUUGGAGUGGACAGCGAUACCGAUGAGGCUGACAAGGAGGAAACAGCAGGGGCUAGCACAAACUGUCCUGGAACAAAGCCACUUGGCACAGCUGAAUCGCUCCAGCGUCAAGGAGACAAGCUAGCUGAGGAAGGAAAGUACCAUGAAGCACUUAGUAGGUGGGAGGCUGCACUUACCUUGGCAUCUGACAAUGCAAUACUUCACGAACAGAAAGCUCAGGUUUUACUUGAAGUGGGAGAUGCAUGGCAUGCACUGACAGCAGCAACCAGAGCAACAGAGCUGGAUCCUCUAUGGCCCGAGGCUUGGGUCACACUUGGCAGAGCACAGUUAAAUUUUGGGGAACCAGAUUCAGCUAUACUAUCAUUUGACAAGGCACUAGUAAUUAAGCCCGACCAUGAUGGUGCGAAAGCUGACCGCGAAACUGCAGUCCGUCUUGUCAAGAAACGAGGGCAGCUGCACUCAUCAGGUCUAAGCACCAACAAAAGGAGGUUCACGGUGGGAGAGAACUCAGUUAAGGGCGCCGAGGGUAAAGAGAAGGCGGAUGAAACAGCGGUACAGUCUGGUUAGCCUGCUACAUGUUGGCUUUCUAUCAUCCUGGGGCUAGUGCUUUAGAGUAGAACUGGCUAAAAUGAGGGUUAACAUACAAGGAUUUCUGGCCUCUGCCUCAUAUUUUCGCAUAUCAGGAUUCUGAGUUGGGUUCUGUUGAAAUUUUGUGCCGCUCUGUGGAACUUUGUUAGAGCCUUAAGAGGUAUGCUGUAGGGGUUUAGACGUUUAUUAUUAUGAAGCUAUGUGGUUGAUUGUGAAUAUAUACGGGUAGAUAGUGUCCGGCACAAUGCUAUUGUCAUGGUACAAAGUGUACAACAAUAUAACCGACUGUUAAACUUGGUACCAAUCCCUCGGUUCCGUUUGUAA